AUGAGUCUUCUCGAUAUUUUGAAGAACUUAUCGACUGUCGAAUUAUAUAUGUUUAUAUCAGCAUUCCUCUAUCCAAUGGCUCGCUUUGUAUUCCCACAUAUCAAAAGCAAAUACAUAAAUGCGUUAAUUCAUAUUAUUUAUGGUAAUAUCCUUUCAUUUGCUUUAUUCGGCAUUAAGGAUUCACUUAUCAUGGUUGCAUUCAUUAUUAUUUCUUACUUUUUGCUCUUCUUACCACCAUGGAUCGCUGGAUUUAUCGGAUUUUCCAUGACCAUGGCCACACAUGUUUAUAUUGUCCUCCAAGGUGUCUCUUGGGCCCUUGACAUAACAGGCCUCUCCAUGGUUUGUUUCCAAAAGGUCUUUUCAUUGGCCUGGAACCUUUAUGACGGCAAACGCCUUCAAGAGAAGAAAGAAGUAAGGAAGAGAGCAUCCCAGUUAGCCGUCUUCGAACGCCCGAACAUUUUUAUCUACUGCGCUUAUUUAAUUACUCCUUAUGGAGGAUUUACAAAUCCUUUCAUCGAAUUCAAGGUAUUCGACUACAUGCUCAAUAUUGGCAACCGCAAGGAGCCUCUCACAUCAGAAGACAAGUAUUUGGCCUUGAAAAGGUUCAUUGAAGCUUAUCUUCUCUCAGGAUUCGUCGCAGUUACUAUGAAAUACAUGGUUUGGGAGAACUACGAGUUCCAGUGGUACCUAAACCUUAACAUUGUCCUCAAAUGUUUCGCAAUUGCUGCAUUAACUGCAUUUUCAGUUACAAGAUACUAUUGUUCAUGGUGGGUUGUCGAAUCCGGGUAUUACGCGUUCGGUCUCGCAUCUUCCAACCUCUACGAUAACGUCAAAUACGAAAUUUCGAACUUAUCUCUCCUCGAAGUUCUUGAUUCACGUUCAUGCCAGGACUGGAUGAGAAGAUGGAACCAUACCACACAUCUUUUCUUCAAGAACUACCUCUACGCGAGACUUAUGGCCCAAGGAUUUUCAUCCGCCUUCGGAAACUUCGCAGUUUUCUUUGUUUCAAUGGCAUGGCAUGGCUGCAGACCAGUCUACUUCCUCUUGUUACCUGAAUCAUUCCUUAUUAUGGAAGCAGACAGAGUUUUCUGCAGAAAAUUCCCGGCAAAGAACAUUUUCUGGAUAUUAAUUCAUGAUAUCUUUGUUUGCACAACAAUGUUGUACUGCACUUCGACGUGGUUCUAUCCUUGGGUCCAUAAUUUCAUCUAUGUCAGGAAAUCUGUUUACUGCUUGCCAACUGUUUUCUCUAUUUUGAUGUUCUUUGCUCUCAAGUUCGUUAAAACACCAAAGAAACCAGAAGAAAUCAAACAAAAGGAAACAAAAGCUGAAUAA